CCCCGGUGAAGCAUUCGACACUCUGCACCCUGCAUUUGCCCACCCGACUCCUUUCACAAGCUGUACUUUCUGCGGCCGUUCUGUAUAAUCAUCUUCCCUUCGCAACACCUGCUUUACAUGUCCAAUUCGGCAAAAGGACCACCCUCGUGGCUCUUCCGCAACAACAACACCAACUCCGGCAUCCCAUCAAACGAAAUGGCCAAGAAAUCUUCUUCCUCCAAGGGCGAUGCCGCCGCCGCCGCCCCUCCUGCUCAGCUGCUCGACAUGGUCGAGGGCUUCCUCAGCAGCAACUCCUUGAGCUCGGCCCUCAAGGCCUUCAAGAAGGACCGCAAGGAAAAGGGCUGGACUGCUACAUCCGACAGCAAGGAGGAGCACACAUUGGCUUCCGUCUAUGAGCUGUGGUCUGUUGCGCAGAAGAAGCUCGAGGAGGACUCUUCCGACUCCGACUCUGACUCUGACGACUCCUCCUCGGACAGCGACAGCGACUCUGAGAGCGAGUCUGACAGUGACGACUCUGACUCUGACUCCAGCUCAGAGGAUGAGGCACCCAAGAAGAAGCUCGCCCCUGCGGCCAACCUGAAGCGCAAGGCUCCUGAGAGCAGUGAUGAAUCCGACUCUGAUUCCGACAGCGACUCCGACAGCGACUCUGACGACAGCGACUCCGACUCGGACUUGUCUGACGAUGAGCCCCAAACAAAGAAGCAAAAGACGGCCAAGGUUGCUGAGACUGAGAAGAUGGACGUCGACUCUGAAAGCGACUCAGACUCUGAUUCUGACUCGGAUUCCGAUUCCGACUCUGACAGCGACAGCUCCUCUGACGCCUCCGCUGAAGUGAAGAAGGCCGCCAAGGUUGCCCUGCCCGAGUCCGACAGCGACUCUGAUUCCUCUGAUUCCUCCGACUCCGACUCUGACAGCGACACCUCAGCUGCCGCCGCCAAACCCAAGGGCAAGUCCGGCAAGACUUCGUCCGACUCCUCCGUGACGCUUGACACCGCCGUCAACCCCCCUCUGCCCCCCGUCCCCGUUGCCACUGGCAAGCGCAAGCAAAACGAGCCCUUCUCGCGCAUCCCCAAGGACGUCUACGUCGACCCGCGCUUCGCCUCCAACGAGUACGUCCCCAUGGACUACUCGCAGAACGCCUUCAACGACCUCAUUGUCACCAAGGGCAAGGGCUUCACCAAGGAGAAGAACAAGAAGAAGAAGAACGGCUUCCGCGGUGGCGCCAUCGACAUUACCGACAAUAAGAGCGUCUACUUUGACUAA